AUGUCCCUCACGGUCAAGCACCUCAACUCGGACGCGUGCUUCCUUCUGACCUUUCAGCCGAUCUCCUCCUUUCCGCCUUCUCCAGGCCAGUCCUCGCAAGCCUUCACGAUCCUCCUGGACCCAUGGCUCUCCGGCCCAUCCAAGAUCUUCCAUUCCAAAUUCUCCAUCAGCAAGAACAAGGCCCAAGCCUGCGUAUCCUCUUUGCGCGAGCUUCCCGAACCCGAUAUCGUGGUCAUCAGCCAAGACAAGACCGACCACUGUCACAAAGAGACUCUCACACAACUGCCCUCGAGUGGAGGAAAGACAAUCAUUCUUGCUGAGCCGGUGGCUGCCAAAUUGAUCAAGGGAUGGAAGCAUUUCGAUAAGACCAAACUUGCAACUCUUCAAAAAUGGGAGAAAGCCGACAAGAGCAAAGGCUCCUCAAUCUACCGCGUUGCCCUCCCAGCUGCCACUCCAAACGGCUUGCCCGGAGAAGUCACCAUCGCCUUCGUCCCGCAAAAGGGAGACAUCACCCGUCUGCACAACGCGAUCUGCAUCACCUACCGCCCACCCACCUCGUUCGGUAAUCAUCCCGAUACCCCACCAGACACUCCCACCAGCCCGAGGUCAACGUCCACCUUCGAUACCCCGAGCAGCAACCGAGCUCUCUCAGUAAUCUACUCUCCUCACGGCUGCACCUACAAAACCCUCGAACCCUACAUCACCAGCCACCUCGUCCGCGAAGCCGCACUCCCCCUCACCGCCCUCCUUCACUGCUUCGACAAAAUCCAAAACGCAUGGUACCUAGGAGGAAACGUCUGCACCGGCUUCCCUGGCGGAUUGGAGAUCGCCCAGAACUUGUGCGCUAGGGCUUGGAUCAGUGCUCAUGAUGGGGAUAAAGACAUCAAGGGGUUGGCGACGAAGAAGAUUGUUGUGGAGAAGUAUGAUCGGGAAGAGGUUGAGAGCGUGAUUAGUCCGCGGAGCGAGAAGUUUCCUAAUCGCAGAAUUGGGACCGAGGCCGUUGUGCUGCAGCCAGGAGAGGAGAUCCGUCUCAGCAAUGUUAUGGAUUUCGGACUCGAUGAGGACGAUACUGUGGGUGGUCUUCGUGAGCGGUUCACUAAUUUGGCGGCUGUCUGA